AUGCAGUGGAUUAUUCUCUCCUUCGCCGCUGUCGCUUACGCGCUGCAGACGCUGCCCCCUGUGCGCCUUGACCCUGUCUCUGGCAAGGGCUUCUCUCUAGACUCAGUCAACCGGACUAUCUACCUCCAGGCUGACUUUGCAUCAUUGAGAGAUCAGAAUGGUCUUACAUUGAUCCCUCCUUCAGCCCUCGAGUUUGCGAACACGUUCCGCGACGACCUGCAGGAGCUGACGAACAGCUCCUGGGACCUCCAAACCGUUGACCGAUUUCCCAACGCGUCAGGCGUAUUUCUGGGUCGCGCAUCGCAUUCCGACCGUUUCAAAUAUGAACAUGGCGGCGAGAAUGAAGAGGGAUAUGAGCUGGAGGUACAGGAAGGCAGUGUGUUGAUCCGGGGAUCCGGUGCGCGCGGCAUGUGGUGGGGGACGCGGACGCUUCUUCAGGAGCUCAUCUUGACAAGCUCUGCUAUUCCGGCCGGUCGUAUUGAAGAUGCGCCGGCAUAUAGCACUCGAGGCUUCCUGCUUGACGCAGGUCGCAAGUGGUAUUCAUCUGAGUUCUUGAAGGAUCUGUGUACCUAUGCGUCAUUCUUCAAGAUGUCCGAAUUUCAUUACCACGCGACUGACAACUACCCUCUGAGUCGCGGUCCUAAUGUCACUUGGAACAAGGUAUACUCACAGUUCGCGCUGCGUCCUGAAAACCCAAAUCUUCAGCCCCUUGUCCAACGACCGAACGAGACGCUAUCCCGCGCCGAAUUUGAGGAUUUCCAACAACAUUGUGCCCAGAGAGGCGUGACAGUCAUCCCGGAGAUCGAAAGCCCUGGUCACUGUCUCAGUGUCACCAAAUGGAAACCCGAGUUGUCAUUAGACUCCAGAGAUCUGCUCAAUCUCUCCCACCCGGAUACCAUUCCCUUGAUGAAGUCCAUCUGGACCGAGUUUCUACCUUGGUUUCACACAAAGGAAGUCAACAUCGGUGCUGACGAAUAUGACUCCACGCUGGCCGACGACUAUGUGAAAUUUGUUAAUGAAAUGUCUCAAUUCGUUCAAAAGUCAUCUGGAAAGCGCGUCCGCAUCUGGGGAACAUACGAGCCAUCAAAUCUCACAAUCAACAAAGAUAUCACGAUCCAACACUGGCAGUAUGGUCAAUCAGAUCCGGUAGAUUUGGCUCGGAAAGGGUACCAAAUCAUCAACUCUGAAGAUACCUGGGCCUACAUGUCUCUGAAAAACGACCAUGUCCCUAUCACGCCAGCUCCGUACCCUCAAGCCUUCAACAACACUCGUGUGCUUAACUUCGCUGGUCGUGAUGGAUGGGAGUGGACCCCACAGUUGUUCAAUUCAGUCAAUGUCACAGAACAACCGGAUGCGAAGGCGGUACAAGGUGCCAUCUUGGCUGCUUGGAAUGACAAUGGACCGGACGCGACUACCCAGCUUGAGGCUUAUUACGCGAUUCGUGACGGUAUUCCAGUUGUUGCAUCUCGAGCCUGGUCUGGCAACCGUGGCCCCCGCUUGGAACACGCAAAGUUGGGCACAUCCAUGUCCUUGUUAACUUCUCGAGCCGUUGGCCAGAAUCUAGAUCGCAGAUUAAUUGGGGAAUCGCAGAACAAGUCAGGCACUCUGAUUUCGUGGACCUCCGAUUCCCAACUGAAUUCCUCUGGACACCACUUGGGCCACGGUAGCAAGGGCAUGGACUAUACGCUUGAUCUCGAGGUUACUGGUCCAUUCUCUUUGUGCUCUUCAGAUGCCAUUCUUACUCUAUCUCCGGAAGGCGAACUGACUUUUACCUCUGACGGAUGGCCGUACCCUCUGCGUUCCGUCUCAGAGACUGACGGAUUCGACCAGACACAAUUGGGGCGAAUUUGGGCCAACAAGACCACAUCGACCCAUGAGGUGGUGAAAGUUCCUCCACAAUCCCGACUCACGAUCUCCACCAACCAGACUACUGGCAGUCGUGUGUGGGUAAAUGGUGCUUUUGCCGGCCGCUUUGAAGUGUUUGUCUACGGAGGCAAAAAUAAGGUCUUUUCUUGGAGUCAAAUGGCCUUUGUUGCACCACUAGAAACUUUGCAAGGCUCGGGCUUGCAUAACUUGACUCUCCGUCAUAGAGGCAGACAUAUGUCAUAG